AUUCAGCAAAGCAGCAAAAUGUCCGUAAUAACAAGGGUUCCCGAGCCCAAUAUCUGGGAAGAAAUAUGCAAAGAAUUUGCAGCUAUGAGACCUCCUUUCAAAGAAGACGAUACAGAAUCCACACAUACAGAAUAUCGAAAUUAUGACCCAAGUAAAGUAACGCCCGUCUUCUAUGGAAAAAUGCACCACAAGAUGCAGGGCACACAAGAUGUAGAUUUAAUGAAAGAAUUUGAUGCCUCCAAGUCCCAUCCAGCUACAGUGGGUUAUGCAUUUGUCGACAAACCUCCCAGGACAGCAACACCUCCACCACCUGCUCCACCUGAUAAGAAGACAUGUCCUCCAAGAGAAUAUCUAGAACAUUAUGUUUUUCCUGUUUUAUUACCUGCCUUAGAAGAGAUGCUCAAGCAAGCUAAGAAAGAAAAAUGUUUUGAGAGGAGAAGAACAAAAUUUAAUGCUAUAGAUUAUCUCACAGAAUAUUUAUACAGGAAAAACCCAGAGCAUUUAAAGGAAAGAAGUGAACUUGGUUUAUUAGAUAUACCUUUUGUGCAACAGUGGCUAAAGGAACACCCCCGCCCACCACUUCCAAUGUCACUGCUGUGGUCUGAGGAGGAAGCUGCAAUAGUUCUGCAGUCAGGAUGGAGAGGAUACCUGGUCCGGAGAGUGCCAGAGAUUCAAGAACUACGUCAGUGGCAAAGAGAGUGGAGAGAAGAAAAUGCAGACGUAAAAGAAAAAGUAAUGAACUUCUGGGCCAGCAAGAUGCCAAAUGGGGACCAACCAACCCCUAAUGUUUCUGUGGAACAGCUAACCGAUGAAUCUUUGAGGAUAUCAGUUUCAUCACCUGCAGCUCUGGAAAAGAAAUGAUUUCCCUUAUCUUUUCAGACAUGACGUCCAUAAUGAUUGACAUUACAGUGCUUGACUAUAUCAGAUACUGAAGUGAACUUUUUAGCAGAAGAGUCAUAAUAUGUUUACGCUCUUUUUUCAAUCUGAAAACAAGCCUUGUAUAAAUAAAUGUACAUACUGUAUGUAUGAUAAUAUUAUGUAUAUGAAUGCCCAAUAAAUGAACUUAUCUGAA